AACAAACCCCCAUGAUUGUGAAAAAAGUGUAAUUUUAAGAAGCACCCGUGUUCCUUGGUACCAAAAGGUACCCUGGAUUCUGUGUCCUGUGGCUGAGGCUUAAAUCCAGGAAAAUGGUACUGCCGAAACCAUCCUCCCCGCAAAAGUGUAUAUGGACCUUGUUAGUUAUUCUGAUUCUUUGGAAUGGGAUAGAUUUAGCACAAACGGAAAAAGACUUUGAGUUUGAAGAUAGUGAUAUAAGCGUAAAGAAACGAUCUGCAGCAUUUUCAGACGAUGAGGAUAUAUUAAAUGAUGAGCCAGGCUCGACGCCUGACGUAGAAGGGAGCACACCAGAUGGCACUAGUGAACCAUCGAUAGACCUACCAGGUGGAACAGUCACAGAAUACUACCGGGUAUCAAUAAAUUUUACUGACUUGACUUAUGAUCCUACACUAGAAGUUAGCGGCAGUGCUGCCUUCACCAGACUUGCUAACCCCAUCUCACAAGCCAUUGAGAACUUGUUUAGGAACGUAGAUGGAGACCAAUAUGCUGUUGUUAUCAAGUUCAGUCCCGGAUCUUUGAUUGUCACCUUUGACCUUGUAACGGAUGGCAACUAUGACCGUAUGCAAUUAUAUAACACGUUAUUAAGUGCAGUAAACAGCGGAAGUAUAGCUCCCUACCGGGUCAGCCCUGUUGGAUUCAACUUCCGACCUCUACAAGAUGGCCGUGCCUGUCCUGACUAUACCGGUCGCGGUGCAGAUCCAUUGCCUCGAUCAGGUGAUAAUCGUGCAAACCUCCUCAUCAACAACGAGUUUUUCUGUCGAGGGUAUGUUGUGGGAUGGAACUAUUACAGAGUUGUACCAAGAUAUGUCGGUUAUGCGGCUGUAUGGAGACAAAUUUCUCCAGAGGAAUUUAUCUUGGUGGGCCAGACAGAACUUCCUGUUGCCGCCGUAGGCAACCACACUGUGCAAGCGAAUCCCCCAAUUGCUGUCGAAAAGGGUGACUUCAUUGGAAUCUUUUACCCACGAGCCUCCACUGAGGGCGUUGUAGCAAGUGCUCGUGCUGGUGAAGUGACGCCUGAAGAACUUUAUCAAAAUUACUAUGCUACAUUUUACCAGGAGGAUGUGGAAACCGGAUCUAUUUUUAGCUUGGAGAGGGUGCCAUAUGAGGACGUCGGAGCAACAUUUGCUAUUAGAGCUUUGAUGGAUUAUACCGGUGUUUCACAGACCGAUGUAGACUCAGUGUUGACCUGUAAACCUGAUCAGUUCACAUGUGAGGAUGGAGAAUGUGUGGAUGGACGGUACAGAUGUGACGGACAGUUUGAUUGUUUCGACCAGUCGGAUGAAAAAGGAUGUGAUCCAAUAAAAUGUGUAGAAGGAGAGGUAAAGUGUCGUUCAACUCCUCAGUGUAUUCCGCAAGCCUUCCUCUGUAACAGCCAAGUGGACUGCUCGGACGGAAGUGACGAGGAAGAUUGUCCAUCCUGCCAGUCUAACGAGUUCCAGUGUAAAAAUGGCCAAUGUGUUGCCAAGGAAUAUAAAUGUGAUGGGUACCAGGACUGUAAUGACAAUUCCGACGAGACAGACUGUGAUCCCCAGGUAUACUGUUCUGAGGGUCAACACAAGUGUGAUGAUGAUAGCUGUGUAAAACCUGAUGCCUUGUGUGAUGGUGUCGUAGAUUGUGCUGACAGCUCAGAUGAAUCACCUGAAAAAUGCGGAACUCCAAGAUGUCCUGAUGCGGAUGAGUUUGAAUGUUCCAGUGGAGAGUGCGUGUCAACUUCCUUGCUGUGUAAUAGAGUCCGUGACUGUGUUGAUGGCUCUGAUGAAGUCUUCACUAUCUGUGGUCCUCUAGUCACGCUCACUUCCCUCAAUCCAUUAGUAACCGUUGAUGAGGGUGCAGUGGCUGAACUGGAAUGUGUUGCCGAGGGCAAUGUGGAUGUGGAACUAACAUGGACAAGACCAUUAGGGGAAAUGCCAAGUGCAGCAACCAUUCAGAAUGGUCGCUUAAUAAUACCGUUUGUGGAACGAAUAGAUGCCGGAAACUAUUUAUGUAGUGCCGUCGAUCAAACUGGAAUCACGCCUGUCUCUACCACUCUGGCUGUCAACUCACGGUUUCCUAUCGACUAUGUUGUUACUCUGACCAUCCGACAGAGCCAGCUUAUUCUCAAUGAAGGGGAGACAGCUGUUUUUGACUGUUCUUCCUCUGAUCCAGACAUACCAAUCGUCUGGACAAGGGGCAGUCAGGAAAUGCCCGCAAAGGCCAUUGUCACUGAUGGCAGACUGACCAUUCCAGCAGUGACCGUCGAAGAUGCAGAUUCGUAUAUCUGUGGGGUUGGAGAAAUAAUGGACAUUGGUAUCAGCGAGGCGGUGGGAGAACUUCUUGUCACUCCAGGUCCGGAGGGUCCUUGCCCUGCAGGACAGUACCUGUGUGAUGAUGACAGCUGUGUAGAAGCCACACAGUGUGACGGCAAUCGCGAGUGCCCAGAUAGUUCCGACGAGUUCCCAGUGAAAUGCGGCGGUUGUGGUGCUGGAGAGUUUAUGUGUGGUGAUGGUCAAAGAUGUAUUCAGUCUGUUCAAGUUUGUGACCGUCGGCCGGACUGUUUUGACCAGUCAGAUGAACAUUCCAACUGUUCGUGUCGUGCUGGAGAGUUUACAUGUGCUGAUGGGUCUUGUAUCCCUGAUGACUUGAAGUGCGACAAAGAAAGAGAUUGCCCUGAUGGUUCUGAUGAAAUUAACUGUCCUCUGUGUCCUAAUGAUGAAUUCACCUGUGCUAAUGAGAUCCAGUGCUUAGACCGAAGACUCGUGUGUGAUGGCUACCCAGAUUGUGAUGAUAGAUCUGAUGAAACCAGUUGUCCAUGUCGUCAGGAUCAGUUCCAGUGUCAAGAUGGCUUUUGUGUGGAGGGCUCUUUCAAAUGUGAUGGAAUUUCUCAGUGUGAGGAUGGAUCUGACGAGACUGGCUGUGCUUGUAACGUGGAUGAAUUCACCUGUUCAAAUGGAGACUGUAUACCUGCCAACCGUGAAUGUGAUGGACGACCAGACUGCGAGGAUGGAAGUGAUGAGUCCAGCUGUCCAUGCAAGGAUGACCAGUUUACAUGUUCCAAUGGUGACUGUAUUCCUCUAAACAGGAAGUGUGACCGACGCCCAGAUUGUGAAGAUGGAAGUGACGAACUCGGUUGUGCUGUUGGAUGUAGAGCUGAUGAAUUCACCUGUGGAGACCAGACAUGUAUUCCUUUGGAAAGGCAAUGUGACCGAAGACGAGACUGUGAAGAUGGAACUGACGAAGACAACUGCCGAGUGGACUGUGCUGGUGACGAGUUUACAUGCGCUGAUGGUUCCUGUAUUCCAAGGGAAAGAUAUUGUGAUCGAAGACGAGACUGCGAAGAUGGAAGUGAUGAAGUCAACUGCCCAGCUGUUGGAUGUAGGGCUGACGAGUUUACCUGUUCGGACCGUACCUGUAUUCCAUUGAACCGUAAAUGUGAUCAAAGACAAGACUGUAGAGAUGGAAGUGAUGAAGUCAACUGUGAAUGUCGAUCAGGAGAAUUUAAGUGUCGUAAUGGUCAAUGCAUUGACCAGCGACGCCGAUGUAACAGGCAGUAUGACUGUCAGGAUGGAACCGACGAGUUUGACUGUCUGGUGCCAAUCACUGUCACCGUUACACCUCCUGUGCUUAUGGUGAGGGAGGGAGCACAGGCAGAGUUCUUCUGUCAAGCUUCAGGACGACCACGAUUACAGGUCCGAUGGAGUCGCAGCGGAAAUCUGGCACUUCCUCCCACAGCAUCAGAUGAUCAAGGACGCCUGGUGAUCCCGGAGCUUCGAUUAGAGUAUGCUGAUGACUAUAUAUGUUCUGUUAUCGGAGUCCAGGGAUCUUUUGAAGCCACAGCGAGAUUGGAAGUCAGAAGAAUUGGCCCUGAGCCAACUCCUGCACCAGAGGGACCCUGUGGUCCUGGAGAAUCUGUGUGUCAGAAUGGUCAGUGUAUUCCAUCAGAGUACCGUUGUGAUGGAGACGAUGACUGUAAAGAUGGCUCCGAUGAAGCAUACUGCAGAACUGACAAUCCGUGCGAGCCGAAUGAGUUCCGCUGUACUAGUGGCAUCUGUGUGAUGAAGAUCUGGCGUUGUGAUGGUGACAAUGAUUGUGGAGAUGGAUUUGAUGAACAAAAUUGCCCAACUGGACCUCCUGGAGCCCAGUGUCGUAUGGACGAAUACAAGUGUUCGACAGGCAACCAAUGUGUACCUGCCAGUUACCAGUGUGAUGGAGAGAUUGACUGUCAGGAUAGAUCCGACGAGAUUGCCUGCUCUGUUCCAACAAUUAUCUUGCCCCCGGUGGCUCGUAUAGAUGUGGACAUCGGAGGUCGCUUUACCAUUAUUUGUGAAGCUAUGGGAACUCCCACUCCUCUGAUUGUGUGGAGACUUAACUGGGGAAACAUUCCAACCGGUGAUCGUGUGUAUGUUCAUAGCACUGACGGCCGUGGCAAUCUAACAAUCACUGAUGCUCGUAUCACUGACUCCGGAGCUUACACAUGUGAGGCUAUCAACACGAAAGGAACAAUAUUUGCAUCACCAGACGCUAUCGUCAUUGUUCGGCGAAGCCCCCAGCCUGGUGUUUGCAGACCUCCAGAUUUCAAUGUAGAGGCCUCAGACAGCGGUCAAUGUCUUCGCUGUUUCUGCUUCGGUCAGACCACUGAUUGUUACAGCAGUGACCUACAUGUAUCACAGAUUCAGCUGUAUGGAAGUAUGUCUCUUGUAGACGAGACCAACAGAGGGGAGACAGUCCCUGCUACAGUUAACAUUGAAGAGGUCUCUAGGGAUACCUUCCUCAUCAGGGACUUCGUCGAGGUCCUUCCAGCUGGAAACUACUACUGGAAACUCCCUAAUGAGUUCCUUGGAGAUAGGCUUACAACAUAUGGAGGAAACCUACAAUAUACUAUACGAUAUGAGAUUGUCGGAAACCCAGGCAGUACUAACCAACCUGACGUCAUACUGAAGGGCAACAAAAUUUCUUUAUAUCACAGGACAUCCACCAUACUGUCCCCAGGGGGAGAGCUCGUCAUCCAAGUACCUCUUGUUCCUUCUGUCUGGUCUAGAAGUGAUGGAGGCACUGGUCGCAGAGGGGACAUUCCCGCAGUUGAGCCUGUGACCAGGGAAGAUUUAAUGAUGGUUCUGGAGAAUGUUGAAGCUAUCCUUGUUCGUGCCAAUUAUGACAUUCAGCAAACCUCCUCCAGGAUUGGAGACAUCUCUAUAAGCACUGGUGUGAUAGAGGAUACAGGAUUUGGACGAGCUGUCUUUGUGGAGCAGUGUGAGUGUCCAGCUGGAUAUGCAGGUCUCUCUUGUCAGGAUUGUGCUGCGGGUUACAGAAGAGUCCGACAAGGACCGUAUCUUGGCAUCUGUAGGCGCUGUAAUUGUAAUGGUCACUCUAAUGACUGUGACCCUGAGACUGGCGAGUGUAGGGUGUGUGCACAUUUCACAGAAGGACCACAGUGUGAGCGCUGUAUACAGGGUUACUAUGGUGAUGCUACUCAGGGUCUCGCAGACUCUUGCAGUCCAUGUCCAUGUCCAUUGACUGCUGCAUCCAAUCAGUUCAGUCCAACUUGUAGACUGGACCCUGAUGGCCUGCCCACCUGUACAGCCUGUCUCGAGGGUCAUGAGGGUAGGAACUGUGAACGAUGUGCCCGUGGUUACAUUGGCAAUCCACGCCAACCCGGAGAUCGCUGUCGUCGGGUUUCAAUUGAGGAGAGGUGUGACUCACGUGGUAGUCUGCAGACACGCCCUGACCCACGAACUGGCAGGUGUCCAUGUAAGCAAUAUGUGGAGGGACCAAACUGUGACCAAUGUCAGGCCAAUACAUUCCAUCUGAGUCUGGACAAUCCAAACGGCUGUAUUUCUUGUUUCUGUAUGGGAAUUACUGACACCUGUACAUCCACAUCAUGGAAUCGCGCUCAGGUCGGAGCUUCAUUCACAAGAGACAGCCUGGGAUUUUCUCUGACUGAUAUCUCCCGUAAACCAGAACUGACCGUGAGCAAUGGUUUCACUAUUGACCGGAAUGUCCGUGAACUCAUCUAUCGUUCCUUCAGCAGACUGCCCGACACGGUCUAUUACUGGUCACUUCCUCAGCGUUUCCUUGGUGACAAGCUGGUGUCGUAUGGAGGCUCUCUGAGGUUUGUUGUGAUGUACCGUCCAGGGCAGGACUCCACUGGCACACCAGGGCCUCUAGUGGAAAUCAGCGGUAAUGACAUUGUCCUUGUCCAUCGCCCUGAAACCAUGCCAAGUCCAAACAAACCAGAAUCCUACAGCAUUAAAUUCUAUGAGAGUAGUUGGACACGACUUGAUGGCCAGCCAGCCACACGGGAGUUCCUUAUGAUGGUUCUAGCAGACCUGGAUGCCAUUUUGAUCCGAGCAACAUUCACUAGCACAACAGACCAGGCCAGUAUUCGUGACAUCGUCAUGGACAUUGCUGAGGACAGGAACACCGGCCAGGAUCGUGCCAACGCUGUUGAACAGUGUGUCUGUCCACAGGGCUACAGAGGACUUUCUUGUGAGGACUGUGAUGUUGGCUUCACACGAAGUCAAGACGGAUUUAACCUUGGGCGCUGUGUACCUUGUAACUGUAACGGACACUCAAGUGAAUGCAGCCCGGAGACAGGUGUAUGCAGGAACUGUCAACACAGUACAGAAGGAGACAACUGUGAGCGAUGUGCAGCUGGUUUCUAUGGUGAUGCGACUCGAGGAAGCCCCAAUGACUGUCAGCCUUGCAGCUGUCCUCUCACAAGAGCCCCCAAUCAAUUUAGUCCAACUUGUAUACUGGACACUGACGGUCAGGUUACUUGUACGGCCUGUCCUGCUGGCCACAUUGGCCGUAGAUGUGAACGGUGUAACCAAGGAUACACAGGAAACCCUUUGAACCCUGGUGACUACUGUAAGAUCGGACCAGUAGAGCCCCAAUGUAACUGUGACAGUCGAGGAACAGUACCCAACACACAGUGUGAUUUGGGCACACGACAGUGCCAGUGUAAGUCGUACGUCCAGGGCCAGAGGUGUAAUACAUGCAAGGAAAACUACUUCUACCUGUCAGACGAUAACAGUCAGGGAUGUCUCUCUUGUUGGUGUAGAGGAAUCACCAACCAAUGUUCCAGCUCCAAUUAUUACAGGAAUGAGCUCCGCCCACAACUCGGCUCUGAUGGCACCCACAACUUUGUUUUGACCAAUCGUAGACUGAAUAACAUCAUUGACGAUGGUUUUGACAUUGAUGUUUCAAGGAGAGAGAUUGCUUUUGGUCAGUUUCAAGGAAUCCAGCGAGAACAGGAAAGUCUGUUUUUCAGUCUGCCCCCGAAAUUCCGUGGAAAUCAGAUAAAAUCCUAUGGAGGUUUUCUGAGGUUCACACUGGACACUCAAGUAAAUCAACUAGACUCAGGCAGGCUAUUCAGGGAUGUAGAUGUAGAAUUUAUUACAUCUGGACAGCGACAGAGAAUGUAUCACCUGUUUAAUCCUUCGAUCGAGCCCAACAAGCCUCAAACCAUUAACAUUUUACUGCGGGAGCCGUCGUUCCGUAUGUUGGAUGCAUCUGAGCCGAGCCGAGCAGCUUUUAUGUCCAUGCUAGCAGACAUAGAAGCCAUUCUGAUUCGUGCUACCUAUCAUUCACGAACAAGUCGCACGGCCAUACGUGAGGUCUCCAUGGAUACGGCCUCAGCAACGCCAACAGGUCUGGGCCCUGCACCAAUGGUAGAGAGAUGUAUUUGUCCUCAAGGCUAUACUGGUUUGUCCUGUGAGGAAUGUGCCCCAGGUUAUCUACAGGUGCAGGAAGGCGGUCAAUUCCGCUGUUCUCAGUGUAACUGUAAUGGUCACGCCACAUCAUGUGACCCUACAACCGGACAGUGUCUGGACUGCCAACACAAUACUGAAGGUGAUCGCUGUGAGAGAUGUGCUGUUGGUUUCUAUGGCGACGCCACCGUGGGAACCACAAGUGACUGCAGGCCAUGUCCCUGUCCUCUCACCAUUCCAUCCAAUCAGUUUUCAAGGUCAUGCUAUCAGUCCCCAGGAGGUCAAGUUAUCUGUGACCGCUGUCAAAAUGGCUACACCGGUCGUGACUGUGGAGAGUGUGAUACUAGUCGUGGCUAUUCUGGUAAUCCCCGGGAAGUGGGAGGAACAUGUACUACCAUUGAUACUGACAAACGUCCCGUUAUUACUGUGAACCCUGUGACACUUGAAGAGAAUGUCGGUGCUACUGUGGUGUUCCAAUGUAAUGUACAAGGUGAAGGACCAUUUAACGUCAUCUGGAGCCGUGCUAACGGUCAACUCCUGUCAACACGUACCCAAAUUGGGCCACGCUUCAGCUUGACCAUUCGUGAUUUGAUAGAGUCGGACAGUGGCCGCUACGUCUGUACAGCAACAAACAUUCAUGGUAGUCGACGUGGAUAUGUCAGCUUAACUGUCAUUGGUCGUAAGCAGCCAAUCCGUGUCAGAAUUGAAACAUCACAAGUUACAGCCAAUGAAGGAGAGUCUGUCAGAUUUGUAUGUCUGCCAAUAGGAAACCGAGAAAACACCUACAUCCUUUCAUGGUCCAGACAGGGAGGUAGCCUGCCCCCUCAGGCCAUCGACCAGAUGGGAGUUCUGUUAAUCCCUAAUGCCAGGCAGGAGGACGCGGGUGAAUAUGUAUGUACUGGCUCUGACAUGACUAGCAUGGACACAGCAGUGGCUGUCCUCAUUGUCAGUGCAUCUCAGAUUGCUCCUCAAGUCUCCAUAGAACCUAGAUACCUGAACUUGGACCAGGGAGAUUUGGCCGAAUUCCGCUGUGUGGCCACUGGCACCCCAGUUCCUACAAUAGAAUGGCGAAGAGGAGGAAACGGUCGCCUAAGUUCUUCAGCUACAAUUUCCAAUGGACUCUUGCGUAUUUCUAACGUACAGCCAUCUGAUGAGGCUGAAUAUUUCUGUAAAGCAACCAAUGUUGCUGGAACCAACGAGAUCAAAACGAUCCUCUAUGUCACAAGAAGAGAGCAGCUGGAGAUCACUGUCAUCGUGCGACAAACAUCUGUUAUCGCUGUGGUAGGAACAACCGCCCAGCUGUACUGUUAUGUAGAUGACAAUACAGGAAGGACAACACUUGUAUGGUCCAGAAAUGGUGGACUCCCACCAGGAAGCUCACAGGAACGUGGUACUCUCACACUUACCAAUGUUCAACCAUCCUAUUCUGGUACCUAUGUGUGUACCGCCUCUUCCCCCGAUGGUAGAGGCACGGCCACCACUGAAGUGACUAUCUCCGAGGGUAACGAAUCCCCAACUGCUACUAUGGAGCCUUCACGACUUACUGUUGCUAUGGGAACAACUGGAACUCUUCGGUGUGCCGUUACUGGUAAACCACAGCCUACCAUCACAUGGAGCAAGAGCCGAGAGGAGCUGUCAAGUCGCCAUCAGGUCAAUGGUGGAGUAUUGCGGAUCGUGGAUGCAAAGAUGGAAGACCGCGGUAUCUAUGUGUGUCGGGCUGAGAACUCAGCUGGUGUAGACCAGGGCUGGGCUAUUGUGGAAGUGGAGCGUCGCAUGAUGCCCAAGAUUGACUUUUAUCCAAGUGGCAGUCAGACAAUAUCUAUCGGCAGCAGUGCUUUGUUCCAAUGUAGGGUAAUGGAUGGAGACCCCCCACCAACACUCACCUGGUCCAGGGCUGGAGGUGAAGCUUUCACCACAGAGAAUACAGAACUGAUGGAGAAUGGUGUGAUCAUGUUCAAGCAAGUGACUGGUGCUGAAGCUGGAGAGUAUGUGUGUACAGCUACCAACGAUAUGGGAUCCGUGUCGGCAACUGCUGUUCUCAUCAUUCAGGGUCCACCCAGGAUCAUUAUCCAGCCAGACAGAACAAUCUAUGCCGUAGUCGGUCAACGAGUGACGGUAGAGUGUAUUGGUCAGGGUGAUCCUACACCAAGCGUCUACUGGCGUUACCACUCGGCACCUCAGCGUGGUGACAUUCCUCAGGAACCUGACUAUGAUGCCUUAGCCACACCUGGUUCUGCCACCUUAACCUUGGAAAAUGUGAGGACUUCAAAUACUGGAAACUACGUCUGUGUGGCAAGGAACACUGCUGGAACUACACAGGAAACAGUCCAGAUCAUUGUGCAAGAUGAAAGACAACCAGAGGGAGAGGUUGUAAGCAUUGAUGGUCCUGACCGUCUGUCAGUUGAGAUAGGACAGAGAGUGGAACUCCGAUGCAACACGAAUGGUCUUGUAAAUCCAGUUGUGAGGUGGAGAAGACGAGAGGGUCGACUUCCUCCAAACCACAGUCAGAGAGGCGGCACCUUAAUCAUACCUCGCUUCUCCGCAGAGUACAGUGGAGAGUACAUCUGCACUGCCACUGCAAAGGAAAAGACUUAUGAAACCUCCGUUUACAUCAUUGUCACAGUUCGACCCCGCUUGACCAUCUCGCCUGCUCGUGUCGAGGCAGUAGCUGGACAGAGGAUACAAUUGACCUGUAUUCCACAGGGAUCUGGACCUUUCCAGAUCGAAUGGUCAAAGAUUAAUGGGCUUCUUAAUCCUCGUGCUGUCCAGACCAGUGAAGGCACACUGGUCAUUAGUCAGGUGACUGCUGCAGAUGCUGGACGCUAUCGUUGUGUGGCAGUAAGUUCUGCAGGAACCUCUGAUGGCUAUGCUGAAGUAUCUAUUCAAGUUCCUCCGACGGUGCUGGCCGAGGUGAGACAAACAACCCCAGUGAUUGGCCAGUCCUUAUCGUUUGGUUGUAAUGCCCAGGGUGUGCCUAAACCAACAGUUCGCUGGGAGAAAGAAGGAGGAUCGCUGCCCGUCUCUCAUCAGAUUAUAGAUGGUGUUCUCACAAUCUAUGGUAUCACUGCAGAGGACGAAGGAAGGUAUAUCUGUACAGCUACAAACAUUGCUGGAACAGCAAGAGACUAUGUAGCAGUAAACGUCCAAGGACGGAAGACUGAUCCCAACGUUACUGUGAAGAUUGACACUCAGACCCUCAACAUCGGGGAGCGAGUGGAAAUGGAAUGUGUCGUUACAGGAACACCACGACCAGUGGUGAGGUGGACCAAGACUGAUGGAGUAUUGUCUGGUGCAGCAUUCAUCAACGAUAAUAUCCUCGUCAUCCCAGAGGUGUCGCUGUCUGAUGCUGGAACCUACCUGUGUGAGGCACAGAAUGUAUACGGCAAGGUGGAACAGAGAGUCACUCUGUACAUCAGAGCCCGUCCUCUGAUCUCUGGCCAGGGAGACAGUUUGACUGCUGCAUUAGGUACUAGUGCAACCUUGGCUUGUGAGGCCACAGGUUAUCCUGCACCUGAGAUCAGGUGGUACAGAAAGGACGGAGAAAUGCCAAGGGAGUAUGAUGUUGAAAACGGUGCAUUGAGAAUAGAUCAAGUGAAACCAGAGGACGCAGGAAUGUACGUGUGUAAUGCCCACAACGAGCUCGGUUCUAAUGAACAUUCCAUGGAACUCAGAGUAGGAGAUCUGGUGCCAAGAUUUACACAAGAUCCUGUGUCUUACAUCUCAUAUCCACCCCUGAAUGAUGUGUACUUGGACUUUGAUAUCUUGCUGUCACUCCGACCUGAGACCACUGACGGACUGGUUAUUUACAACGGCCAGUAUGACACAGGAACUACUGGUGAUUUUGUUUCCUUUGGUUUAACUGAAGGAUAUCCAGAGUUCCGCUUUGAUAUGGGAUCAGGACCAGCUAUCAUCAAGGGUGACCGCAAACUUGCCCUCGACCAGUCACACACCAUCAAACUGACCCGAAACAGGAGACAGGGUACUAUGGUUGUGGACACGGAACCUGCCUAUGUUGGGACAUCCCAGGGUAAUUUCCAGGGACUUGAUCUCCGUGGCAACUUCUUCUUAGGUGGCGUCCCCAAUUUCAAUGCAAUUCCGAAGGGUGUUGGUUUCCGUGAGGGAUUUGUCGGAAGUGUUAGCCAAGUUAAGCUGAAGGGUGUUGAUCUAAACCUUGGAGCGGAUGCUAUUAAGAGAGUGGGUGUGGAACCCUACUCCAUGUGUUUGUCCCAGCCUUGUCAGAGUGGAGGAUUGUGUCGCCCUGCUAACAACGACCAAGGCUUUGCCUGUAUCUGUCCUGAAGGUUUUACUGGCCGCAGAUGUGAGGUCACAGGCGAAAAGUGCUAUCCAAAUGCCUGUGGACCUGACGGCCAGUGUAUGAAUCUGGUGAAUCAGCCUGGAUUCAAGUGUAUCUGUCCAUUUGGCAAGACUGGUCCUGGAUGUCAGAGAGAUGUGACCAUUGUAACUCCACAGUUUAACAGAACUUCCUUCAUCACCUAUCCUCCUAUUAAGGGAGCUCGCUACCAGAUGAAGAUUGACCUGGAGUUCAAACCUGGCACCUUGAACGAUGGAAUCAUCCUGUACAGUGGCCAUGAUGAACAGGGAUCAGGAGACUACAUCAGCGUGGCUCUACGUAACGGUUAUGUGGAAUACAAAUACAACACUGGAUCAGGACCUGCAACUCUGAACAGCAAAAACCGUUUGACUGUUGGCCAGUGGACAAGAGUUUCCUUGUCUAAGAACAAUCAGGAAGGAACUCUCAUCGUCAAUAAUGAGGAACCUGUAAAAGUCUGGCCCUGGAGUUAUUAUAGAGAUCAAUACCGCAACUACUACAACUACCACCUGCAUAGACAAUAUCGCUACCGAAGGGCAGCCACAUCACCAGGCAACACUGUUGGCCUUGACCUUCGUACCAAUCUUUACCUUGGAGGGGUCGAGCCGUCUGUGAUCAUCCCACGUGGAGUCCAGGUCACAUCAGGCUUUAUGGGCUGUAUAGCUGAGCUGACUGUUAACAUGGUACCGAUCAACCUGAUCCGCGAUGCUGUCAACAGUAUGGAUAUCCGUGAUUGUACUGAUAGGGACAUCUGUAACCGUCGUCCUUGUCUCAAUGGAGGAUUGUGUGAAAGUCUUGCCAUCAAUGAUUACAGAUGUGUCUGUCCAGAAAGUUUUACAGGUACUCACUGUGAAAUGAGAAUCAACAUCUGUAACACUCGGGAACCUUGUCAGAAUGGUGGAAUCUGCAGUUUCACAAAUGAUGGGUACCGUUGUGACUGCCCUCUAGGUUUCAUGGGAGAUAACUGCGAAUCAGUGGUGACGUAUUCUGGCCCUAUCCGCGUGGAGGGCGACGGAUUUGUUGAGCUCAGUCGAGAUCUAUUCCCCUACAGUCAAAAUCAAGUAGAGAAGGUGGUAGAGUUAACCAUACGUACAAACCAGACCAACGGCUUGAUAUUCUGGCAAGGGGAGGCCACUCCUGGUCAAUCUGUCUCCUCUGGUGACUAUAUGAUGAUUGGACUUCGAGAUGGUUACAUCUACUACAGUUAUGAGUUGGGCAGUGGUGCAGCCAAUAUGAGGUCUACUCUGCCAGUUAACGACAUGCAGGUGCACAGGAUCAAGGUUACACGACUUGGAAAGACAGGCACUUUAGCUAUUGAUGGGGGACCAAAAGAAACUGGAGUAUCUCUGGGAUUCUUACAAAUGUUGAACGUAAAUGGAAACAUUUAUGUUGGUGGUGUUCCCGACCCUGAAUCAAUGACUGCCGGCAGAUACACAGAUAACUUCGUAGGGUGUAUAUUAGAGAUUAAACUGCAGGAAGGGAGAGCACUCUCUGUUCCAGAUGACACUGUAGGCGGACAUAAUGUAAUGUCGUGUAAUUGAGGAAUGUUGUUAAUCUGUACAAAAACAAAAUUAGACUCCUAGGUUGGGGCAUAGAUAUAUUACAAAUGAGUAAGUGUUGAAUUGCAGUGAUGUGGUUCAAACGUGUUACCAUGGAGACACAAAUAAAUAAAUAUACUAUUACAGAUAUGAAAUUCCAACCAUAUGUGCCAUGCUUACAUAUUUCUUUUUACUAGGUAGAUAUUUCUACAUAAUGUUUGAUUGAUCGGUAACAUUACUUUAGCUUGAUUUACAUGUGAAUGAUUUUAAAAAGAAAGCUAUGAAAAUGUAGAGUGUAUAUUUAUGUAAAUAUAUAUACAGGUUGGGGGUGCACACUUACCCUCUCCAUAUACCCGAAUGAACAAGAGGUAUAUAUAUAGCCAUCCACUUCUCAUUGAAAUGUAUACAUUGUGUAUAUCUAUCUCAAAGACAAAAGUGACGUUCUCCAGCGAUCCGGAGAACUUUGCUCUGAACUGCUUUUUUUUUUUCGAUUCACUUACACCAAUAAUACAUUUUGAUGAUGUUUUGAGGGUGUGAACAGCAAUCAUUUAGAAACUAUACGUAUGAAUUAGUAUCAUUUUAGCUUGACACAUAAACAAACUGUGAAUCCAUUUACUUGUACAAUUUAUAUAUAAGCUUCAUGCUGCAAUGUUUGUUAUGAUGUACGUGUUUUAAAUUAAAUUGCAUUAUUUCCUUUAAAUAUUUUACAUGUUUUGAUAAACCGGUAGAUACCCUUAUACACUGAUGCUUUUUACAUUCUUUAUUUUAAUCAUGUCCGUAGAUAUAUAUAUAUAUAUAUAUAUAACAUUUUUAUCGUUCAGUACUAAUAUGUAUUCAGGCAGACUAUAUUUCAUUUCCCGACAGUGUUGGAAGUUUUGAUAAUUGUAGAUAUACACAAUUGGAUUAGCUAUAUAUAAUUAUCUUAAACAGAAGUUUUCAAGUCUAGAACGGUUACUGACUUCUGGGUCAAAGGUCAUGUUAGUGUAUCUUGAUAGUGUGAAUCUUUCAUGAAGUGUGUGGAUGCAUGUAUGGAAAUUUAUUGUAAGUGGAGACUUCAAGCACACAACAAUGAAUAUUUUGAUGCUAUUAUCGAAAGAAUUUGAAAAAAAAUUUACACAGUAAAUAUCACUUUUGGAAUAUUUCUAAAUUUGUUAACGUGGACUAGGACGUGCCUUAAUUUGUCUGUUCUGUUAAUGCUGCUGGUUUAUUGAUUAUAAGAUGCAAAAUAACCUCUAUUUCUCUUUUACAAACUUUUUUAUCAUUCUUUAUCGUUUCAAACAAGAAAACAAGGUGUUACCAUAACAACACUGAUGCAUUAAAAUUUAAUAGAAUCUAAUAACACCAACCAUUCCCUAAUUCUUAAUGAGAAGUGGUUUAUUAUAAGCUUUCACACGUCUUUUAUUUUGUCCUUUCUAUUUUUUUAUCUUCAUUAGCUGCAAGAAUAUUUUCCCUGGGUUCAUAUUCACUGAUCCAAUAAAUAGAGUUUCUUCCUCUGCUUGUUAAAGCAUUGUUAUAAUCAUUUAUGUCAUCUCGUAUGAAAUACAUGUAUAUUGCUUAAUCUGCCGAUAAUGUAUGAUCUGGUUUUAUUUCAUCAACUAUUAACUAACAGUUAAUAUAUUUUAAAUAAAGCUUUGAAUAGGUUUUAUCAUUUCUUGAAAGUUGAGAAGUCAGUAUUUUUAUGUAUUGGGAGUUUUUCUUACCUGAAAUAUAUUAUUUUGAACUAUAUUCGAAGAAAAUGAAACAUUAGCAUAAAAUUAAGUUGUUUUUUUUUAGUUUGACAUGUUAGGUUUUAGUGCCUUCACAGAGUCUUCCAACUUACAAAAAGUUACAAAGUGCCUGUUGUGGCAUUUUACACUUACAGAAAUAAAUAAAACAGUGUCACUUAAAUAUCUGAAUUACUUACAUGCAUGAAUAGAUAAAAUUUACCAUUACUUAUUUAGUGGUUACUGUCCAUUCUCUGUAAAGUUGAAUUCUUUUACCUCCGUUAAGCCUUAUCAUAAAAGUGUCUUUUUUGUGUUUUGAUAAUGAAUUCAUCUGAUUAACUUAAAAUAUUCAUGUCAAAAUGUCUUACUAAUUCAAAAAAGAAAAUAAUAAAUUCUGAAUUAUUUUGUUUCAAAGUACCUGCCAAUUUCAGAAACCCAAUAUAGUUUAUAUUAAGAAAAAUUAUUUAAAUAGCAAGAGGGAUGUACAAGGAAAUCACCUCAGUCCUUGAUGCAUGUUGAGUAUACGGCCAGUGUUUGAACUUUGAGUGCUAUCUCAAUACCUCAGCAUUGCUCACCUCCAUAGUGACAACAGUCUCUCUUAUUAUGAGGUGGGUUAAGGUUGGGUUUAUUCGUGGAAAUCGGUGACUGAAAAAUUAUAGGAAAUUCAUUUUGGUGUUUGUAAAAUAAAUUUCACUUCUUUUCAAUUUUUAUCAAAAUUUUACUAAAUUUCAUUUGUUAUAGUUUCAAGUAAUAUUAUUUUGUAAAGGUGAUUUGUCACUUUAAAAAACUAAAUUCUUAUUAAGGAGUGACAAUAACUUUUAACAUCGUAAGUCCAACUGAUUUUCUAUUUUAAGCCCGAUCUCUCUCGCCAAACCUUGUGGUGUCAGCCACCUGGUGGGAGUUGUCUCCCUUGUAAUGGGAAUUUGUACUAAAUGACGCCUGUUUUCACUAUGACGUUUCACUCAGAUGGUAAGCUUUUCUGGAAAUACUCAUUUGUUUCUGUGUGGUGCUAGUUAGACUAUGCAAGAAUAACAGUUUCUGUCUGACGUUGUUAAUUAAUGGCGUACAUGUAAAUCCUACAAGUGUAAAAAAUAAAAUUUGAGUUUUGUAUUAAA